AUGCUGCACACGAGUCUGUUGCCAAGCUGUUGCACUCGCAGAUCUUGGCGUUUCGAGCAGAUCGGAUUUCCACGUUCACAGGUGGAGGAAGCUGAGAUCGACGACCGCGCCCUGGCCAAGCUGUCCGAGUUCGACUCCGAGCAGGCGCUGGAGGCCCUGGACCAGUUCUGCAAGUGCGACCUGUCCAAGGUGCGCAAGAAGAGCGCCUACCUCAUCGGCGUCAUGCAGCGCAUCAAGAAGGCAGACCCAGACUGGCCACGCAGAUCUCCCACGGGCCAAAAUGGUGCAGGCCCAAAUCUGCCGGUUGAGGUGUCUGCCCGGCUGCAGAUGAUGUUUGAAGAAGGGGUGUGCAGGCCGUCAGACCUGGACAGGCAGUGCCUGUCGCAGCUGGCGCGGCUGCCGGUGCCCAUGGCGCUUGAGGCCCUCAACGAGUUCUCACGCAGGGACCUGUCGGACGUUCGCAACUUCUCUGCACUGUUUGUGUCGAUCCUGCGGCGGCUGGAGAGCGAUUUCGACCGUGGGGGUGCCGGAGCACCACCCCAGGGGGGUAUGCCGCACAUGAUGGCCCCCCCCGCACAGAUGCCGCCGCCUGUGGGGAUGAACAGGAUGGGGAUGGUGGACUCUGUGCAGGGGCAGUUUCAGAUGCCUGGCCAGGUGCCGCAGUACCCCAUGGCCAUGCCGGGACAGAUGCCCAGCACCAUGCCCUUCAACCCGAUGGACCCGCAGGUGGUCAUGACGCCGGGGCUGGCGCCGAUGCCGGGGAUGCCGGGACAGUACAUGGGAGCCCCCGAGAGCGACAGGCACAACUACGGCAUGGAGCAGCUGCAGAUGGGCGUCCGCGUGGACGAGUUCCACAAGCUGUCCCCCCACGCCACCUACGUGCACCCAGCGCCCUCCCUCAAGCUGCAGACGCUGUGGGACGAGGGCGUGCGGCUGGUGUCUGUCCUGGACGAUGGCGCCUGGGAUGCCCUUGCGCAGCUGAAGGCGCCCGAGGCGCUGGCCGUGAUCGAGGACGUGGCCAACAAGCUGCAGGGCCCCAACAACUUGAGGAAUGUCAACGCCUUCUUCAUGUCUGUUGCCCGCAAGUUCCUGCCUCAGGGCCCUCGCUCAGCGGCCGCCGCCGGCCCUGGUGCCUACCCGCCAACGGGGCAGACCCGCGUCGUUCGGCAGUCGCCCCGAGGCGUGGCCGGCGACCUGUCGUCCCUCAGCCCUGACAUCCGCCAGAAGAUCGACGACGUGGUGUACACACACCAAAGCUACAUUAAGCAGACGGACUUCGACCAGGGCGUGGCCGAGGCGCUGAAGCGCCUGUCUGACUACGAGAUCCUCAGCGUCCUGGACGACCUGAACUCCGCGCAGAACCUGGCCACCGUGCAGAAUGUGCCCGCCUUCAUCAUGUCGAUCAUCCGCCGGCACCAGAACGCUGGGCGGCGUUGA